AAAUGUUUGCCAAUCGUAAGUAAUCCAGUGAUUCCUGGUCUAAAUACUAGUAGCAAAGUAAAUAUUAUCAAUAACAAUGUGGAACCCAUUGAUUUUGCGGAUCCCGGUUUUAAUAUUGCGAUAUCAGAAGACAUGGAAGACAUUGAUGAUGAUUCAUUGAACGUUAAUAUAGAUGGUCUGAAUGAAGAAGAGUAUACACAGUCACAGGUUGUCAAGGAUGAGUGCGAUCGUGAAUAUAUACAUAUUGGCGGGUUCAAUGUAUGCAAUAUGUCUGAUUUGGCCUCAGAUCGAGGAGAAAGUUACACGGCACCUCUUGAUACAGAUGGUGAUCUAUUCAAGCCAUCAUUAGCCAAUGUUGUUAUUGACAUAGAGUCUGCAUCUGCGUUUUACCGGCCAAUGGACAAUUUACAACUAGUGUCUAUUGCCACUGAUAAUAAAGAUAGCCUUGACUAUGCUAACAUAAAUUUCAUAACAGAUGCCAAUCAAUCUAAAAACAAAUGGCUAGCAGCUGAACCUUAAAGUCAUGUAGUCAAGUGUAUGUUGUUUUGUUAAUCUUUUUACAAAAAAUAUUUAUUUAAUUCUUCCUUUUCAAAAACGUUAGUUACCUAAUUAGGAAUUUUAAUUAAUUUUGUUUUUAUUUUCAUUUGUGGAAAUUAGAUAUUCAUCUAUUUUUUAUUAAAAAAACUAAACGUUUACCAUUUAUAUGUGUGUUAUCAAAGUUGUUAAAAUUUAAAAGAGGCAUUUAAAUAUUAUAUUUAUGCAUGUAUAUUGAAUAUAUAUAUUUAUAAUAUUGUUAGAUUGGGU